GUCUUGCGUGAGAGCAGUUAGAGGAGCCUACACUUGUGCUGCUGCUGCAGUGCGCGUAAAGGCGCGUUUCCGUUUUUUACGCAAGGCGAAAAGUGGAAAACAUAAAAAAUAAUAUUUCCACUUCGAGUACUUUUCAAGUAAUUUUGAAUCUGUUAUUUCCGCGACAGCAAAGUAUCAAGUCGGCACUAGAAAUGCACACUUCCAAAAUAGCGUGAGGCAGCGAAGCUUUCUGAAACUUUGCAUUGUUGACUAGACAUUUGGCACCGGAAUCCUUUGUAGUAAAGUUGAUUACGUCCAAAUCCAGUGGUUUAGAGACACCUUCGGUCGUAAACAGCAAAAUGGAUCUUUUUUUCAAUACCACCAAUGUGCCAAAUUGGACCACUACCUCCAACGACACCAAUAACGGGACCGUGUACUGGAACCAGUUUGUGCAGCCAGUUUGGAGAAUCGUCCUCUGGGCUAUUGCGUACAGUGGUAUAGUUAUCGUGUCCGUUGUGGGCAAUGUGACAGUGAUCUGGAUUAUCACGGCUCAUAAACGCAUGAGGACAGUCACCAACUAUUUUCUGCUCAACCUGGCGUUCGCCGAAGCCUCAAUGUCCGCCUUCAACACAGUGAUCAACUUCACCUACGCAGUGCACAACGAGUGGUACUUUGGACUGGUCUACUGCCGCUUCCACAACUUCUUCCCGAUCGCGGCUGUGUUUGCCAGCAUCUACUCAAUGACUGCUAUCGCUCUGGACAGGUACAUGGCCAUCAUCCACCCUCUGCAGCAGCGCAUGUCGUCCACAGGGACCAAGGUGGUGGUGGGAGUGAUCUGGAUUCUGGCUCUGCUGCUGGCCUUCCCUCAGUAUUACUACUCCAACACGAGCCAGUUCCCCGACCGAGUGAUAUGCUACAUCGAAUGGCCUGAGUACACCGUGUGCGACUUCAAAAAGAUGUACUAUGUGUGUGUGACCAUCCUGCUCUACUUCCUUCCACUGGUGGUGAUGGGUUGCGCUUAUCUGGUGGUGGGACUGACCCUCUGGGCCAGUGAGAUCCCUGGAGACUCUUCUGACCGCUACAAGGAGCAGCUGACUGCCAAACGCAAGGUAGUGAAGAUGAUGAUCGUGGUAGUGUGUACAUUUGCCAUCUGUUGGCUACCCUACCAUGUCUACUUCCUGCUGUACCAGUUCUUCCCAGACAUGUUUGAAAAGCAGUUCAUCCAGCAGUUCUACCUGGCCAUCAUGUGGUUGGCCAUGAGCUCCACCAUGUACAACCCCAUCAUCUACUGCUGCCUCAAUGACAGGUUUCGUGCUGGAUUUAAACAAGCUUUCCGCUGCUGCCCCUGCAUCCCUCAAGGCUCUUAUGAAGGCCUGGAACUAAAGUCCACCCGCUACCUUCAUACUCAGACCAGCGUUUACAAGGCCAGUCGAAUGGAGACCACUGUAUCUACCGUUCUCCAGGUUGGGGACGACGUUGAGCAGCCAAAGGUCAAGGUAACAGGGGUUUCAAGGCCCAGUGUGGCCAAAGUUGGGGCCAGACCACAUAGCUCCUCCCUGGACCUCACAUCAAAUGGGUCAUCAUCCCGGAGCGUCUCCAAAACGGUAUCAGAAACGUCCAGUUUCUACUCCAGUAACAACCUGCAAGAAUAAACGUCAAGUACAGGUGGUAUUUUGCCAGACAGCUGAGAGAGAGUUUGAGUUGACUGUUCACAUAGCUGCUUAUGUCCGCGUGUAUUCAUGCAAAGUACAGUGUGGAUGUGUGAGUUUGUCUGCUGGUGACUGAGUUUCUGAUGAAUAUAUCUCUGAUGUAUUCACUGGAACAUCAUGAUAGAAAAAUUCUUCACUUAGCACUGUUCCAGCCCACAACGUCCUGGUAGAAAGUAUCAUGCUACUCACAGCUAAUGAUCAACUGGCAAUAGGAAGAUUUGCUCAGUUCUAGAAAGCAAUGAGAAGCACUUCAGGGACACAAGCACAUUCCAGUUCAAAAGCGACACUGAAGCAGACGUUAGCACCUCCAAUCUUCACAGCUUCUGCUUGUCUCACCAGCCCUCUCUCAGUGCAGAGAGAAGGUUCACACAUCCUCAGUCAUGCAAGCUGUCUGACUUCACACAGUCUAUUUUGGAGUGGACCUAUAACAUGAGACCGGCAUGCUUUCAACACAGCAACCCCUCGUUUUAACAGGGGGCUUCUUCAGAAAGAGACAAAGCUUGUGUUUUCAGUUUUCAGUGUGCAGAAUGAGUGCCUGACUGUGGUUUCAGUUGAAAGGUUCACCCAUAAAAAGUGAUGAAGACUGAAAACAUAAAAGCAUAAACUCUGAGCUUUACAUUUGUGAGUGUGUGUGGAUGCAUGUGUGUGUGUGUCCAUGCGCGGGAGCUGAUCAGAAUGCCAACUCCAGCUCCCUGAGCAGGACUUCAUUGGCAAUCCAGCGUGCAGAACGAGUGCCUGUCUGGCUAAAGGAGAGCUCUGAGGAUCCCCUGCAGGCGAUGCUGAAAAGUUCUGCCAAUCAAUGUAAACAGCAGCGGUGUCUGGCUCAGCAUUCAUCUGGCAAAACAUCAACCUCAACAGCUGGCGGCAUUGUUUCUGAAUUGUAGAAGUGCUUUAAAGGCUGAAUUCAAGUGAAGAUAAACACUUUACUAAUGUUAAAAUUGCCUGAUAUAAGACUUUGGCUCAGUCCACCACCACACAAUGUUGAUGUGUAGCCAUCAAAGUAAAAUGAUCCAAUGUCCCACAGAAUUCGUAGUUUUAAAAUAAUACCUGACUCACCAUCUUCCAGUCUGUCUAACCUGCUCCACCUUCUUCCAGUCUGUCUAACCUGCUCCACCUUUGUCAGAUAAAUAAAUCUUAAUUCAUGAUCUGCAGACCAGGCACCGCUUUCAAACUGAUAUAUUUAUGUAAUUCGCAUUAGCUGCUCUAUAAUGUGACCUGUCAGCAACAUGCACUCUGUAUCUGGCUGGGUUACAUUUAUAGCUCAGUACUUCCCUGUUACACACUGUUUCAGUUAAUGUGGCUAAAGUCACCAUGACGUCCUGUGUGGGAGGCGUGGGCUCUUUCAAACAUCCACACUUUAUCAGCUGUCGCUGCAUCAAAAUAUACUCCAGCAAUGAGCAAGAAGGUGCUUGUUAAAAUGAGGUUUAAAGGUGUUUGUAGAUUUCUCGGCCUGGAAUGUGCGCAGGCAGCCUGUUAGCGCUUUGUUGCGCAUCGAUGUGCCUUGUUGCUAAGCAUAAUGUCUGUAAAAGGACCAGGUUAGCACAGGAGCAGCUCACUCUGCUGGAGUCCAAGAAAUAGACAGUUAGGGGCCUGUAAGCACACUAGGAUGAACUGUCAUAACCUUCUACAGCGGUAAACACCCACCCACACACGCAGCAAUAUGUAAUCACUGCAAAAACUGCAUUUGAGUGUAAGCUUGUAUUACAAUGAAUGGUUUUAAUAGGUUCACCAAAUUUAAUGUAAUGGAGUUUAUUUGCUACAACUUUGGUAUCUGUGAAAAUAGUUUGUGUAGUUUUUUAAUUAAUGAAAAUCAAAAUAUUUUAUCUACAAAUAUCCUUCAGUGAGCUUAACAACUAAAUCCACAAGACGUGCAUAUUUGCUGUGUGCAGAACAUGCACAUGGUCUCAGCUACACACAUCCACCAAACAGCAGAACUAUCACUUACAACACCUACAAAGACAGCAAAAUACAUUUGAAUAAGUCUUAUUUUGAAUAUUUAACUCUAAAAUGUAUAUUCUUGGUGAAACAAAGGAAACACGGAUUUCACUUGUUUUGUGCCGGGAAUUAAUUCACUGUUAACACAUUGUCACAUAUCCUCAGCUAAACCAUAUUUUAAGAUGGAUAUUGUUGGCAUUACAACACAAGCACAAAUGCUCAGAGAGUGGUCACCUGUUGACACCCAUCAAUGACACACACGCACGCACGCGCGCGCACGCACGCACGCACGCACGCACGCACGCACGCACGCACGCACGCACGCACGCACGCACGCACGCACGCACGCACACACACACACACACACAUUUCACAGGCCUCCUCUUCCCUGCUGCUGUAGUCUCAGCGCACGAAGCCUGUUGUUAUGAAUUCCAGUGUCAGCUGUCAUGAAAAUGAGAAGCAGUUGUGACGCAAUGUUAUUUUUUUGGAAACGCAACAUUAUAUCACACAGCGCAGUGUAUAUCUCACGCUGAAACACAGACAGGGCAGGUCACAUUCAGUGCAGAGAGAAAACAAAACACAGCAGAUUUAAAACAGUAUUAUUUAUUUAACCAUAGUUUACAUUCCACUUUUUCUCUGCAGCUGGGGUUUAAAAAUAAAACAUCUGACAGAGUUAUUAGCAGAUUAAAGUCUUUGCCAAGUCAGUGAUUAGUUCAGUGAUCAGAGCAUCAAAAUCACAACUUUGAAGUUUCACACUAACACAGGUACAUACACUAUGCUGAGGGAUAGUCUGGGAUUUCCACUCAAAACUGAGUAGAUUAAGGGGGGAAUAUUUCAAUACAUAAUCAAUGGAUUGAGGGCUGCACAGUGGAGUAGUGGUUAGCACUUUCGCCUUGCAGCAAGCAGAUCCCCGGUUCAUAUCUCAGCCUGGGCCUGGGAUCUUUCUGCAUGGAGUUUGCAUGUUCUCUCUGUGCAUGCGUGGGUUUUCUCCGGGCACUCCGGCUUCCUCCCACAGUCCAAAAAUAUGCUGAGAUUAAUUGGUUACUCUAAAUUGUCCGAAGGUGUGAAUGUGAGUGUGAUUGUUUGUCUGUAUAUGUAGCCCUGCGACAGAUUGGUGACCCGUCCAGGGUGUCCCCUGCCUUUGCCAGAGUCAACUGAGAAAGGCUCCAGCACCCCCCACGACCCGAGUGAGGAUAAAGUGGUGUAUAGAGAAUGGAUGGAUGGAUGGAUUGAAGUGUAAAUUUAUACUACACAUUUGGUAGGUAGGUGGUUUAUAUGAUGUAUUCCCGUCCUCACUUAGUAUGAACACACAAGACCGUCUUACAGCUGUGGAAGGCAAAUCAUUUUUGCAAAAAAAAUAUUAACUUGCAUCACUGUGACUCUGCAAACAUCUGCUCCCACACACAAUUCUAGAACAACUGAUUUUAUAGAUCACACUUUUCUUGAACAAACAUUUUUUGAAAAGCUGCAAUGUUGGCCACCACUAUUAAAACAUGCUAAAGAAUUGACCCAUGAUUUAAACUAAUUGUAGAACCUUUUCUGAUUGAAUUAAAUCCAACUCUAUUAUACAUCAACUAUAUAAUUGCUUCCUUGUGAGGCCAAACUUUUAGCCUUAGAUGUUGAACACAGGUCAAUAGAGUGAAUAAUACUGGUGGUCAGUUAGGGACACAUGAUAGAAACAAUUUACUGUAUUUAUUAUCUUGAAGAUAUUCAUUUUUUUUUAUGCUUAUUCAGUGCUGUAUGAUUAACAUGCAGAUUGACAUUGAGAACAGUUGGGUCAGUACUUGCUUGCUGUUAUUUACAUCUUACUGUUUUAUUAGUCCAUAUUUUUGUCACUAGAAACAUACAUAGAAUAAAUAAAAGAAUAAUGAUAAAAUAGAAUAAGUUUUAAAAGAAAUAUUUUUUUCCUGUAGAAAAUGCAACAUGACUCAGAGUUGGAAUACCUGUACAGUUUGUAUAGUAGGUUUAAUUGUUAAUCCAAGUAGUUAGCAGUUGCAAUGCUAAAUGGUUCUUUAAUCUAGUCAAAGGUCGGAGCUUGUACACAAAACACUUUCAACGCAGAAGUUAACUACAGCUUCCAAGGUGCAUUUUGCUAGAAAACAUCCAGUCACCAAGCCUAAAGGGACACAAACAGGACAUGUAGUUUUAUCUUUAGAGACAGAUGUAUACCUCUGCUCUGAUCACUUGGGGUUUUAACAUGUAAGUUCAGCUUGCUAGAAAUAUUGUCAUUAGUUGAUAUUCUACCAACUGCAAAGGGUACAAAACGUACCUCAAAUGUGAAACAAUGCUUCAAGUCUUGUGUGUUUUUCAGGAUGGGACUUGAUCUGUUAUGGCAUUUAAAAAUACAGGGACACAGUAGUCGUAUAUUCUGAAAAAUAAUCAAGAAGCCCAACCUUGUCCAGCACAAGACUUGCGGCAAUAUAUACACUACCGUUCAAAAGUUUGGGGUCACCCAGGCAAUUUCCUUUUUUGCAUGAAAACUCACACUUUUAUCCAUGUGCUAACAUAACUGCACAAGGGUUUUCUAAUCAUCAAUUAGCCUUUCAACACCAUUAGCUAACACAAUGUAGCAUUAGAACACAGGAGUGAUGGUUGCUGGAAAUGUUCCUCUGUACCCCUAUGGAGAUAUUCCAUUAAAAAUCUGCUGUUUCCAGCUAGAAUAGUCAUUUACCACAUUAAUAAAAUCUAAACUGUUUUUCUGAUUCAUUUAAUGUUAUUUUCAUUGAAAAAAAAAGCUUUUCUUUCAAAAAUGAGGACAUUUGUAAGUGACCCCAGACUAUUGAACGGUAGUGUAGUAUACAGUCAGCUGAGUGUGUGCUAUAUACAACUGUUGGAGUAUUGGAGAGCUCUACAGCACAGCUCAGACACAGAGUGAUCAAGCAGAGAAUGAGAACAUUGAGGAUGAUGUUAUUACAAAAUAGUAAUCUGAUUACACUAUACCAAGACCUGGACUCUUGAUGCCUUUUGUCUUGAUAGGAUGAUUUGGAGUCAUUGAGUUGAACAUGAGAAUACUCUUUGUCUGCACGUAAUUCUGCAAGUAAAUAAGCUUAUAAACUAAAUGCACAUGCAGUUGAGAUUAUUAUUGUGUUUCCUUAUGGGGAGCAUCACAGGGAUGGUGACAUGAGGAGCAUCCUGUCCUGCAGCUGAUUUUUACUCUUGUUUCUACAGUGAGUUACAUUCAGGGUCACAACCAGGAUUUCAUUUGUGUCAGGUGUCAUGUUUUAGAACCUAAUACAGUGGGACAGGUACUAGUUUGUGGGACUCAGCAGUAUUAUUCUGUAAAUAAUAUAUUUUGUUUGGAAUAUAUUUGGCAUUUGAAAUACACUGUUCUGAUCACUUUUGAUCAUGGUACUGUACAGAGUUGAGUGAGUUCAGCCUACGUUCACUACAGAUAACACUGUGUUACUGAUACAAUUGCCUACUCUUUAUUCUAAUUAAGUAACAUUGGCUAAGACCGAGAUUCAUAGUGUUCACAGGAACAGCUUCACCACAGAUCUGCCAAAUCACGAUAAUCAGCGUCUGAUUGUUACCUAAAUAUGAAAUGUAUAGAUACAGGCUUUCACUGAGGUACAGUGGCCAAGUUCAAUUUUAUAGUCACCAUCCCAGCACAAAAUGUGCACAGAGUGUACAACCUUUACUUAAAGUGGAAAACUGACCUAGCAAACAGAAUGGAUGUAAAUGUACAAAUUCCCCCCAUUUAAAUUGCUUACAGAUGUGUACAUAAAAUCCAGAAUAUAAAAAAAUAUAUAUCAACAUUUGUGUGGUUAAAGUUCAAUUAGGUGUUCCAUGACAGCCAUCAGCAGAUUUUGUUGUGCCACAAAGUUUCAAAGUACAACUUCAGCCCUGACUAUGUUUAUUGGGGUAUCACAUUUGGUGGGGAUCUGAUGUAUAUUCCUCUAAUGUAGUUUGAGUUUAAAAUCUUCCUUUGCGUCACACACACCAAACACUGACACCUUAAUGUCUCACACACAAUGUGUGUAUUCUUUGUUUUUUGCUGACACAAUAACACAGUUAAACACCACUUUUUCUUGAUUUUUUUUCAUUUAGUUUUAAUAUCUAAUGUGAUUUGUAUCCAUUUGUAUUAAUACACUUGCCAUUAGGUGUACAUUUAGUUUUUUUUUACAGUUCACGAUCUGUGCCUGAUACCGCCCUGGGAGCACUCAGUCACACUGUGGUUAGAGCCAGUUGGCCCAGCUGGAGCUUAUCCCUGCUAGGGUCAAACUAUUGGUAACAACUGACAGCCUUUUUUACUCAUGAACCCUCAAUACAAAGUGAUGUUUUUGUGUGGCCUCCUGUCACAUGGUGCACAUCUCAGAGCUCAUGAGGAAUGAUUCCUCUGUUUUUGUUUGAGCUGAAGAGUUAAAGCUAUUUAAGUUAAAGCUGUGCUGUCAAGCAAAUAUGAAGCAAACUUGUAAACUUGCAAACUUUGUAAUGUUCUAAAAAAAAAAGCAGACCAAAUAAAUUGGGAAUUAUUAUUAUUAUUAUUGUUAUUAUUAUUGGUUUAUUUAAGAAGGGACCAUGUACAAUAUUAAACAUAAAUGUUUCCAUUUGAUGCAUUGUACCAGAGAUAGCUUUAAGCUCAUUUUCAUCUGCAGAAUUAAGCUUGUUUAUAUCAGUUGCUUUGAAACAAACUAACUAGGCAGCAUGAUGUUGUCAGAGGGUGUCAGAGGGUGGUGGUAUAGGCUACAUUUGAGUAGUAGAAACGAGAAAAAAAAUCAAGCCCAGUGUUCCAAACCACAAACAUUUUCUUUUCCUUUCGGUAUGCACUACAGCUGUUCUUGCAAACUGUAUAUAAUUUCAUGCAGUACUAUGGAUACAAUCAACACAUUACUUCAUAAUGAUAUUUGUAUUGCACUUUGACCUCCUUGCUCAGAUAUUGGAGUCUGCAGCACGAUAGAGGACUCAAACAACUGUUGUAAGUACUCUGGUCUGAUAUAAUGAAGGCCACACAUACAGAUGUCUUUUAACAUUUAUCUGCUCUUCGGUCAGCUGACACCGGGAAAACUAUGAAAAUAAAGACAUACAAACAUUUCAGAAAUACACAAAGUUUCACAAACGUGUCUCUAAUUAGAUGGAUUCCAAAAAUCUUUCAAGCUAGUUUCUGUUGUGAGAUGGGUCCCAUAUGCUGGCUUUUGACAACACUGUAUUAAACUAUCCAUCAAAACACUUCAACAAAUGAUGGCAAUAAAUAUGAAACAAAUAAAACUUAAAAGUCACAAUUACUGUGUGUGCCUCUCAAACCAUGCAGAAUAGUUAAUUUUUUUUAGGCCAUAUCUUUCUCUGGCAAUGUUGGCGUUUUCCCUCUGAUCCACAGUCCCACACGUGUGACCCUAAAUUAAACUGUUGUCUUGUGACUUGUUAAAAUUACAUCAAACGAACAUUGUAAAACAGCGUUAGAUUUUAAAUCAAACAUUGAUUUUUAGAGGUGUACAUUUUCAAGAUUAUCUUUCUUAAAAUCCAAUUUAUUGCAUAUUUAAUUAGUUUUAAUUUACCUUAUGAACUCAAAAAUUUGUGAAAUGCUAACAAAAUAUAAUACUAUCUUGAAAGUAUAAAUCUCAAAAUUAAAGCUGCAAGCAGCGUUGGUCGGGUCCUCGCAUCCGUGCGGCCCGGCUGACCCACACAUGUCCCCCAGGUGCUGCUAAAACUGAGAGUGUAAAGUUUCAGCCACAUUGCAAUACGUACAGGCUAGUUACACAGCACUUCCUGUUUCAUGGUGCGAAUUCCAAAAUGGCCGCCAGGUGUCAAAUGGAUGUGAUUAGGGGCAGACUCUGAUGACACUUAAAAAAUUUGAAGCAGAUUGGAGCAUGUACAGGCUAGUUAGACAGCACUUCCUGUUUCAUGGUGAGAAAUCCAAAUUGGCUGCCAGGUGUCACAUGGAUGUGAUUAGGGUCGGACUCUGAUGACACUUGUAAAAUUUGAGACAGAUUGGAGCAUGUACAGGCUAUUUAGAUAGAACUUCCUGUUUCAUGGCGAGAAAUCCAAAAUGGCCGCAUUCUGUGGGUCGCCAUUUCCACGCCCUCAGACUUUUGCGGAGCAUUUUGAUAACUUUUGAUCACCCAUGACUGGAGUACAUCCUGGCCAAAUUUCAGCUCUCUUGGGGUUACGCUGUUUGAGUUUAUAGAUUACAAGGGUCGCCAUUUCCACGCCGUGAGACUUUUGCGGUCAAUUCAAAAUGGCCGACAUCCUGUUGGGUUUUGGGCAUGGGUGUCAAUUACAUUUUUGUGCGUCUUGAUGAGUUCCAUAUGCUUCCCAAAUUUCAUAGCUGUAGGUUACACGUGCUGGCCGUAGCAAAUGUUUGAAAUUUUCCAGGUGGCGCUACGGAGCCAUGUUGCCACAAUCAGGUGGAAUUUCGCUAAAACAUCAAAUGCAUCGUCAAUCCAGAUAUGUGUGUCAAUUUUGGUGAGCAUUUGAGCAUUUUUAACCUGUUAAAAUGUACUUUGUUCUUUAUGGCAAUGAUGUGUUGCCAUGGCAAAAGUGUUUUUUGAAUGGUCAAAAUCUUCACACAGUGGCAUCACCAAGGCAUGAACACUGAUCUCUCCAAUUUUCAGAAUAUGACAAAGCAUUGAGCCAUGGUAUGUGCAAAGAUAAUGAGAAAUACUUGUUGUUGCCAACAGGUGGCGCUAUGAGCAAUUGCAAAUUUAGGAGUGUGGAUGUGCUCAGCCCUGGACUGGUGUCCAUCACAAAAAAUUGGUCCAGAUUGGACCAUUUUCAGCUGAGAUAUGAAUAAUUAAAUUUUCAUGAAAUUCGCCACGCCGCCAUGGCCACGCCCUGUGACGAUGAGUCACCAUUGUCACUGUGAAUCAUCAUCAUGUCUAGGCUUCUGUCACCAAAUUUGAGGUUAAUCUGAUCAACUGAGUAAGAAUAAUACAUGAAAGUGUAAAAAAUAUGUACUUCCUGACACCAUAAGGUGGCGCUAUGACUAUGAAUGUACAUAUGAUGUCGUCAGGACGGGACUCUGAUCAUACAUGUAAAGUUUCAGGCAGAUUGGAGGAUGUGCAGGAGAGUUAGACACCACUUCCUAUUUCAUGGCGAAGGAUCAAUAUUUUUUGGAGUCACCAUGGUCACGCCCUUUGAGUUUUCUGGAGCAUUUUCAUAACUUUUUAUCAAGAAGGUCUGUGGCAUAUUCUGGCCAAAUUUGAUGUCUCUCGGACUUACCCCCAAUGAGUUAUUAAUCUCAAAAAAUUUUGAGGAAAUUCAUGCUCACCAAAUAUUGUAGCUGCAGAUAAAACUUUGUGGCAGUUGAUCUAAUGACCUCUUUUUCAAUUUUGCAGGGAGCGCCAUAGAGCCAUUUUGCCACACACAUGCGCAACUCCAUUAAAAUAUCAAAUUUUUCGCCAGUCCUGAUUUGCAUACCACGUUUGACGCGUUUUGGGGUAUGAUAAGGCCGCCAAAAAUACAAUUCAAAAGACGGGAAAAGAAUGAAGAAUAAUAAUAAUUAAAGCUGCAAGCAGUGAUGGACGGGUGCCUUGGACAGUCCGUACUCUUGCACCGCCUGUCCUUGGCAAGGUCGGUGCUCGGACACUAAUAAUAAACCCUAGGGUUUCAAUAGGGUCCUAGGCACCGCGGUGCUCGGACCCUAAUAAAUAAACCCUAGGGUUUCAAUAGGGUCCUAGGCACCACGGUGCCUUGGACAGUCGGUGGCCUUGCACCGACUGUCCUCGGCAUCCUCGGUGCUCGGACCCUCAAAAGAAGCCCUAAAGUUUCAAUAGGGUCCUAGGCACCGCCAGUGCCUUGGACAGUCGGUGCCCUUGCACCGCCAGUGCCUUGGACAGUCGGUGCCCUUGCACCGCCUGUCUUCAGCACCGUCGGUGCUUGGACCCUAAUAAGUUACAUGUAUUCAAAAAACACCUAAAGAGAGUGUAGAACUUUCUCACCAAAUUGCUUCCAUUAACUUUUUCUUGAAAUGUGCAUACAAAUAUGAUGUGAAAACACAGAUUAGAGAACACUGCAAUUCUGUCUUUUCUUCUACAGUAAUCAACUUGUGCCCUUUGAUAUGAAUCUUGUCAACUUGCAGUGAGGGGAUGACAUGCAGGAGUCUUCUUCACAUGCUCCAAGUGUUUACAGUUUUCUCACAGAGACACCCUUCACCGGGAGAUAAAUAUACCUGUAUGCAGAGGAUGUGAUUGAACCAUCGGUUUAGAGAAAUUUAUUCCACUGUAAUCGGAUAUGUUUUACCAUAUCACAAAAUGACACUUGUGAUAUGGUAGAACAUGUCUAUGGUUUGCAUUACAACGUAGCAUCAGCUGUCUGAAGUAGACAGAGAUGUAGAAGUAGUGUGAGCGCUGUGAACACACACUCCAAAAACCCAUCUUAUCAUGUUUUUAUUUAUUUAUUUUCAAUUUGACUGCAGUGCCCUAAUCAUAACCAGGCAAGCCAGGAAUAAUCCACAUUCUGCCUCCUGAAUGCAGAAUGUGUUCCCUCAUCCGCUCAUCACUUGGAUGGGUCAAGUGGAGCGGGUGAGCGGGUGGCUGGGGCUUUAAUGAAUGUGUAAUUAACUUUGUUCAAUGAGUGGUCCUUAAAUGAGGAUGCAGAAAGCUCUCGCUCGCUCUUAUUUGCCUCUCAGACACACACACACACACACACACACACACACACACACACACACACACACACACACACACUCUGUUUUUCUAUCAUUGUGGGGACAUACCAUUGACUCCCAUUCAUAUCUAACCCCUAAUCCUUACCCUAACCCUAACCUUAACCCAGACCAAAACAAUGCCUAACCCUAAAGACACGUUUUUGCACUUUUACUUUUUUCAGUAACAACAACAUGGCCAAGAAAACACUGUUUAAACUUGUGGGGACCGAAAUGAGGUCCCCACAAGUGACAUUGUUUUCGGUUUUCCUACAGUUGUGGGGACAUUUGGUCCCCACAAGUUUAGCCAGGACCUGAGCACACACACACACACACACACACACACACACUUAAUGUAUCAUAUGGGCUUACAGGUCUCAUCACUGAACGGAGUGAAAAUAUACAAAUCAAUGACAUGGGUGCAUCCUCAAGUGUGUGAAAGCUGACACCAGACUGGUGCACUUACCUACUACAGUCGCCUAAAAGUAUCGCACAAGUCAUUCAAUGUGCUUAUUUUGACUGAUGCUUCAAUCACACAGCACUUCAUUGACACAAAUGUUGUUUCUAAGGAUGUACACAUUUAAAUGAUGCUUUAGCCACAAAAGACAGUCAGAUGUGUCAGUGUAUAAGAAGGGUUAAAGCCUCAGAAACCUGCAAAUUUAUAAACAAACAAAGCUGCGCUAUGCAAAAUAUAAGCUCUGAAAUUUGUGUUGCUGCAGUCGGGUUCAGUAUUGUUGUGUUUUGAAAAGAUUCUAAACUACCUAUUCUUUUUUGUAACUCGUUUUUAUUACUUUUUUUUUACAACAUAAUGAAAAUACACACAACAGCUAGAAAAGCAAACAAAAACAAACAAAACCGACAGACAUAGUUGGAUCUUUGUGCUACACAAGGUGAGCAAUUAUGCAACUCCUCUUUCCAAAUAAAGAAUAAGAGAAAAAAGGAAUAAAAGGGACUUAGGCGAGGACAAUAAUAGCAUUGGUGUGACAAAUCCCUAUGAAAUACCUAUACUUUAUGUACCAAGAUUCAAGUCCAGUAUAUCUGCAUGAAAACAACACUCAUUACUAUCCAUUCAGUUCAUUCCUGUCUAUGUAAUACUUCAUCCAUGAAAAGCCCCCAUGUCUUUUGAAAUAUAUUCAAUCUAUUUUUAAUUUUAAAUAUAGACUGUUCAUAACUAGCCAUUUUAGUCAUUUUCCCCAUUCAUUCACUAAAAGGUAUAGUAUUAUUAGUUUUCCAGUGUCUGAGUACGAUUCUGCGCCCCGUGGAGAGGGCCAGCCUACACCACAGGGUCCGUUGGACUGUUAGUCCGUCCCCCCUCACAUCUAUUCCUAGUACACAAAGUGCAGGGUUUUGCCCUAAUUUUGUACCCAGCAUUUUGUUGAUAAAUCCUAUUAUAUUUUUCCAUAAAUUCUGGGUUAAAUGACAAUCAUAAAGCAUGUGUAAGAGUGUGCCUUGGCUCCUAUGGCAUCUCCAGUAUAAAUCUGAGUCCCGCAAUUUUAAUUUGGCCAUCUUACAUGGGGUCCAGUAAUCCCUAUGAAUGAUUUUGUAUGUAAUUAAUCUGGUCUGCAUUUCCCUUGCUGUUUUAUACCACGACCCUGUAAUGUAUUUCCACAUCUCCUCUGUUAUUUCCCCCUCUAGAUCUUCCUCCCAAACCUCCUUAAGACCUAAAAGCCCUGUGGGUGAGACUGUCUCAUUAAGCUAUAAAAUGCAGAUGCUGUUAUUUGGUCAGCCGCUUGUCCUGUAUCAUUUCCUGUACCAAUGUUUGCUUUGUUAGGGGUGUCCUCUUUUGCAUGAAAAAAAACAAAACAGCUUCUCAAUUGGAGGUACUUCCAAAAAUCUGUUUUAGGUAUAUGGUAUUUAGUUAUCAUCUGUUCAAAGGAGAUCAAUUUAUCCUCCCUCCAAAACAUCCUCAAUAUAUAGAAUCCCUGCUUUAAUCCAAUUCGGCCAGAAUAAGGCCUUUUUGUCCACCUUCAACAAUUUAUUAUUCCAAAGUGAUGAUCUUCUAGUAAAAAGAGGCUGUGACCCUAUAAUUUGGUGUGAAGUCCGCCAGGUUUCUCUUGCGAACCUCAAUAGUGGGUUAUUAAAUGGGAUGUCUCCGUCUGUCUGUGCUGCAAAGGUAUGGAUGGGAAAAGGUUCUGUAAGUUCCCUCUCAAUUGGCACCCAGGCCGGAGCUUGAUCAUCUGUAAUAUAUAUUUUAGAUAACUGAAGACCCUAGAAAGGCUGAUCCUUCAGCACCUGCGGCCCCUGGUGAGUGAUUCCCUGGAUCCCCUGCAGUUUGCGUACCAACCCAAAAUCAGCGUGGAGGAUGCCAUCAUCUACAUGUUGGAGAGGGCCUACUCACACUUGGAGAAGAAGGGGAGUACGGUGAGAAUCAUGUUCUUCGACUUCUCCAGAGCGUUUAACACCAUCCGCCCCUCCCGGCUUGCUGAGAAGCUCUCAGCAAUGCAUGUGGACCACAACACAGUUUACUGGAUCAUUGACUAAAUCACCCUGAGGCCUCAGUACGUGCGGCUGCAGGGCUGUAAGUCUGAUGUACUGUUGGGAAGCACUGGAGUACCCCAGGGAACCGUGCUGUCUCCGUUCCUAUUUACGAUCUAUACCUCUGACUUUAGCCUCAGAUCUGGAUCAUGUCAUCUCCAGAAGUUCUCGGAUGACUCCUCCAUUGUGGGGUGCAUCACCGGGGACAGGGAUGAGGAAUACAGGGGUGCAGUGGAGAGAUUCGUCGGCUGGGCUGAGCAGAACUAUCUGCUCCUGAACCCAAAAAAAAGUCCAAAGAACUUGUGAUUGAUCCCAGGCGGGGCAGAAAGAGGACCCCAGUACCCAUCGCCAUCCGUGGGGAAGCAGUGGAGAUGGUGGACAGCUACAAAUUUCUAGGUGUCCACUUAAACAAGGACCUGGACUGGAAAGACAACACGGCGGCAGUCCAUAAGCGGGCUCAAAGUGGACUGUACCUUCUGCGGAGACCUAGGUCAUUUAAUGUCUGCACUAGGCUGUUACAGAUGUUUUAUCAGUCUGUGGUAGCCAGCAUCCUGUUCUACGCAGUGGUUUGCUGGGGUGGGGGCAUUAAAGCCAGGGAGCGCAGCAGGCUCAAUAAGACCAUCGAUAAGGCCAGCUCGGUGGUGGGCUUAAAAAUGGAAGAGCUGCAGUCGGUCGUGGAUAGGAGGAUGAGGGUCAAGAUUGAUUCUAUUCUAGCCAACCCCUCUCAUCCACUCUAUGAUGACCUGCAGGAUAGAGUGAGCACCUUCAGCCAGAGGCUCACCCUUCCGAACAUUAAAACGGAGCGCUACAGACUAUCCUUUUUACCCACCGCCAUAAAACUGUACAACUCUUAAGAACUUUCUCCCGAAGUGCAAUGUUGUCCUUGUUCUGGCCCUGGUCUUCUGUGUGAUGUCCGCUGUGUUUCAAUUCAAUUCAAUUUUAUUUAUAUAGCGUCAAUUACAGUCAAAUUGUCUCAAGACGCUUUACAGAACCCAUAUGCCUGACCCCCAGAGCAAGCCCAAAGGCGACAGUGGCAAGGAAAACACCCUUUUAACAGGGAAGAAACCUCAAGCAGAAUCCGGCUCUAUAUAGGGGGGACCCAUCUGCCUGCUGGCCGGGCGGGUUGAGAGGGACAGAUGAGGGCAAAGGGGAGGGAUGGGAGAAGAGGGAGGGGUGGGAAAGCAAGGAAAACACAACACACAUUUGGAUACAUGUAUGACAAGAUAUGUGACACAAACAAAGUAUAAGUUAACACUGGAAACUGACUCAUAGUUUACUCUUAUGAUGUACGGCUCUGACAUUAAACAUACUACAUAUAUAGCUAGCAGUAAAAUUCAAACAGUAUGUAGAUUAGCAUAACAAGUAUAGUGAGGGUGAUGCAGAGUUGACUGGUGGAAAAGGGGAGCUGGAAGCGGAGGGCUGGAAGAAGGUCAGCAGCAGCAUCCCACAGUGGACAUGGUGGAGACUAGACCAGUUGGUGGAACAUCAACUGCAGAUCUGAAGCAUCCAGCUCUGGGACCAGGGACACUCGGAGAAAUAGCACAGGGGGAAACAGAGUGAAUGUAAUGCAAUAACGGUAUACAUAUUAAAUGUAAAGGUAGAUAGAGAAGGGCUCAGUGCCUCAAGAGAAGUCCCCCAGGAGCCUAGGCAGCAUGACUAGGGCAGAACAAAGGGACAUCCUUGAGGGAGUCAACUGUGCAAAUAAAGACACAAGCUGAACCCCUCUGGGUCACCCAGUCAGCCCCAACUAUAAGAUUUGUCAAAAAGGAACGUUUUAAGCCUGGUCUUAAAAAUAGAGAGGGUAUCUGCCUCCCGAACCCAAACUGGGAGCAGGUUCCACAGGAGAGGCGCCUGAUACCUGAAGGCUUUGCCUCCCAUUCUACUUUUAGAAAUUCUAGGAACAACAAGUAAGCCUGCAGUUUGAGAGCGAAGAGUUUUACGAGGAUAAUAUGGUACUAACAGAUCUCUAAGAUAUGAUGGAGAUUGGUUAUUAAGAGCUUUAUAUGUCAGAAGAAGGAUUUUAAAUUCUAUUCUGGAUUUAACAGGAAGCCAGUGAAGAGAAGCAAGUACAGGGGAAAUAUGAUCUCUUUUGCUAACUCCUGUCAGUGCUCUCGCAGCAGUGUUUUGGAUCAACUGUAGAUGUUUGAGAGAGCUAUUUGGACAACCCGAUAAUAAGGAAUUGCAAUAGUCAAGCCUGGAAGUAACAAAAGCAUGAACUAAUUUUUCUGCAUCACUCUGAGACAGGAUGUUCCUGAUUUUUACAAUAUUUCGCAGGUGAAAAAAGGAAAUCCUACAGACUUGCUUUAUGUGUGAGUUAAAGGACAUGUCCUGGUCAAAAAUAACUCCAAGAUUCCUCACAGUAGUACUGGAGGCCAAUGUGAUGCCAUCCAGAGUAACUAUUUGCUUUGAAAGCGAGUUUCUAAGAUGUUUGGGGCCAAAUACAAUGACUUCAGUUUUGUCUGAAUUUAGCAGUAGGAAGUUAAAAGUCAUCCAAGUUUUAAUGUCCUUAAGACAAUCUUGCAGUCUAGCUAGCUGAUCAGUUUCAUCUGGCUUCAUAGAUAAAUACAAUUGUGUGUCAUCUGCAUAACAAUGGAAGUUAAUACAAUGCUUCCUAAUAAUAUUGCCUAAAGGAAGCAUGUAUAAUGUGAAAAGUAUCGGUCCUAAGACAGAACCCUGAGGAACUCCAUGAUUAACUUUAGUGUGCUCAGAAGAGUCAUUGUUGACAUGCACAAACUGGAACCUAUCUGAUAAGUAGGAUUUAAACCAGUCCAGUGCUGUCCCUUUAAUGCCAAUUGAAUGUUCUAGAUGCUGUAAUAAAAUUUUGUGGUCGAUUGUGUCAAAUGCUGCACUAAGAUCUAACAAAACAAGUAUAGAGACUAGUCCAUUAUCUGAUGCUAUGAGAAGGUCAUUAGUAACUUUCACCAGAGCUGUUUCUGUACUAUGAUGCACUCUGAAGCCUGACUGAAACACUUCAAACAAAUUAUUCCUUUGUAAGUGUUCACAUAAUUGAUUUGCAACUGUUCCUUCCAGAAUUUUAGAGAGAAAUGGUAGGUUGGAUAUUGGUCUAUAGUUAGCUAACACAUCUGGAUCUAAAGUGGGAUUUUUAAGCAAAGGUUUGACGACAGCAACCUUAAAAGCCUGUGGUACAUAGCCUGUUACUAGAGAGAGAUUAAUCAGAUCUAACAUUGGAGAAUUAAUUAAAGGUAAAGUCUCCUUGAAGAGUCUAGUUGGGAUAGGAUCUAAAAGACAUGUUGAUGGUUUGGAUGUAGAAACUGUUGAAAUUAGUUCAGAGAGACAUAUAGGAGUGAAGAAUUCUAAAUAUUCAUCAGGUCUAACAGCCAAUUCAAAAGCAUCUGUGACAUUUGCAGGAAGGGCCAGAUUAAUUUUAUCUCUAAUCAUAACUAUUUUAUGUGUAAAGAAGCUCAUGAAGUCGUUACUGCUUAGAGCUAAAGGAAUAUUCAACACAGCUCUGACUCUUUGUCAGCCUGGCUACAGUGCUAAAGAGAAACCUAAGGUUGUUCUUGUUCUCCUCUAUUAAAGAUGAAUAAUAAGUUGUCCUGGCAUUACGAAGAGCUGUUUUAUAGAUUACUAGACUAUUUUUCCAAGCCACAUACACUUCCUGUGAAUUAGUGGAAUACCACUUUCUUUCCAGCUUUCGGGAUGCCUGCUUUAAAGUCUGCAGCUAGGAAUUAUACCAAGGAGCAAGUCUUCUCUGAGAUAUAACUUUCUUUUUUACAGGUGCAACACUAUCAAGAGUUGUACGCAGUGAGGCUGAAGCAUUAUUAACAUAAUAAUCCACUUCUGUGGGGGUAAAAUUAUAAUAUUUACCUUCUGAUUUGUCAGUAAAUGUUGCUGAAGUAAACAGUGAUGGUAUUAUUUCCUUAAAUUUAGUUACUGAAUUGUCCGACAAACACCUACUGUCAUGAUAUUUGUUUUCAGCUGCUAAACAAUCCUUAACUUUAAAUUGAAAUGUUAUCAUAAAACGGUCAGAAGAAGAGGAUUCUGGGGAAAUACUUUUAACUCUUCAAUUUCAAUGCCAUAAGUCAGGACAAGGUCAAGGGUGUGAUUAAAACUAUGAGUUGGUUUAUUUACAUGUUGAGAAAACCCAAUUGAGUCUAAUAUUGAAUUAAAAACUGUUGUAAGGCUGUCACUGUCUACGUCAACAUGAAUGUUAAAGUCACCCGCAAUAAUAAUUUUGCCUGAACUGAGCACUAAAUCAGAUAAAAAGUCUGAGAAUUGAGAUAAAAACUCAGAAUAAGGAGCAGGAGGACGAUAUAUAACAACAAAUUAAACUGGUUUCUGGGCUUUCAAAUUUGGAUGAGAGAGACUAAGAGUGAGAUUUUCAAAUGAGUUGUAAUCAGGUUUAGGCCUCUGGUUCAAUUUUAAACUAGAAUGGUAGAUUGCUGCUACUCCUCCUCCUCGGCCUGUGAUUCGAGGAAUACGACAGUUAAUAUGACUAGGGGGAGUUGAUUCAUUUAGGCUAACAAAUUCUUCCUGCUGCAACCAGGUUUCAGUCAAACAGAACAAAUCAAUCUGGUGAUCAGUUGUCAACUCAUUUACUAGCAGAGAUUUAGACGAGAGAGAUCUAAUAUUUAACAGACCACAUUUAAUUGUCCUGUUUCUUUGCUCUGUUGAAAUAGUGGUAUUAAUUUUUAGUACAUUUUUAUGGUUACUAUUACUUUUGUAUAUUUUUGAUUUGUUUAAUUUAUUGAAUUUUGGUGGUCGGGGGACAGACACAGUCUCAAUAAAGCUAACUGAAUUACUGGAGGGUGACAGCUGUGAGGAAACUGCAGAGAGGUGUGUAAAACUACAGCUCUGCAUCCUGGUCUUAACUCUGGGUUGUCAUGCUUUAGGAGUACUAAUAAAAUCAGCCAUAUUCCUAGAAAUGAGAGCUUCACCAGCCAAAGUGGGAUGGAUGCCGUCUCUCCUAAUCAGACUAGGUUUUCCCCAAAAAGAGCUCCAAUUAUCUAUAAGGCCCACGUCGUUUGAUGAUAGAUUGCUUUUUUAAGAAAAGAGGAGUGUUGUAUGAGGCAACCCCUCAAGUGGGCUUUAAAUGCACGUCGUUUGAUGGACACCACAUAGACAACCAGCGGCGAAACGACGACAUGCGGCUAAACAUGUCAUCGUUGGUCAGAUCAGGCAAGGGUCCAGAGAAAACUACGGAGUCCGACAUGGUUUUGGCGAAAGUACACACCGAUGCUACGCUAAUUUUGGUGACCUCCGAUUGGCGUAACCGGGUGUCGUUACCGCCGACGUGUAUAACAGUCUUACUGUAUUUACGAUUAUCUUUAAGAUAAGAUAAGACAAGAUAGACUUUAUUAAUCUCACAAAGGAGAAAUUUAACAUUACAGGGCUCUUCGAAACAAAAAACAGAGGAGUGCAAAAGUCACGAAAGUGCAAGAACAAGAUAAUAAAUAUUGCACAUAAUAACAACUACACAGUAGUGUUAUAUAGUCUGAUGGCAGUGGGGAUGAAGGACCUGCGGUAGCGCUCCUUCUUGCACUGAGGGUGUCUGAGUCUUGUGCUAAAGGAGCUGCUCAGCUCCACUACAGUCCGGUGCAGUGGGUGGGAGCUGUUGUCCAUGAUGGAUGAGAGCUUGGUCAACAUCCUCCUCUCACCCACAUCCAUCACAGAGUCCAGUGGGCAGCCCAGGACAGAGCUGGCCCUCUUGAUCAGCUUGUUCAGUCUCUUCAUGUCCCGCUCUGUGCUGCCCGGGGCCCAGCAGACGACAGCGUAGAGGAAAGCAGAGGCUACCACAGUGUCGUAGAAAGUCCUUAGUAGAGGUCUGCACACUCCGAAGGACCUCAGCCUCCUCAGAAGGUGGAGGUGACUCUGGCCCUUCUUGUACAGAGCAUCAAUGUUGUGGGACCAGUCCAGUUUAUUGUUGAGGUGAACACCCAGGUACUUGAAACUGUCCACUGUUUCAAUGUCCUGCCCCUGGAUGUUCACUGGUGGAUGUGGGAGUGUCCUUCUCCUGAAGUCGACCACCA